UAUCCUUGAGUAUAGCAGAGAGCCGAAUAAAUACGAUGAAACUGCUGAAAACAAGAGCACAUUAGCUUUAACUGAGAAUCACCAGAAGGUGGCAUCAUAAUUCUACAGCGGGGUUGUUUAAGCUCCAUAUUUGGAGGAAGGCUGGUCACAUGGGCCACCGGUAACCAAGCAGUAGGAAUGAAACGGAGAACUUCGAACUACAGCUGAGACAAGUCAUCGCACGGGAGGAGAGGGAGUUGCUCACGGGGGGGGUAGAGAAAAGACAAUAAAGGCAAGAGACAGAGCAAGACCAAGCGGGAGCGAGAUAAGGAACGGGAGACGUGUUGACGGAAAAGCACAUGGUGAGAAAAUGCCAACAAACUUCACAGUGGUCCGCGUGGGUGACGGCAGGAAGUCGUCCUGGGAAGACGGAGAUGAUAGCAAUGUCCUGAGGGAGGAGGAUGAAACAACUCCAGGUGAUGGAAACCCAAAAGAGAACAGUCCAUUCAUCAACAACAUUGACAAUGAAAAAGGCAGCCUCUAUGAUGGAACAAACAUGGCGCUGUUUGAGGAAGAGAUGGACAGCAAUCCUAUGGUGUCAUCGCUACUCAGCAAACUGGCCAACUACACCAACCUCACGCAGGGGGUUCGGGAGCAUGAGGAAGCAGAUGAAGAGGAAGGUGCCAGGAAGAAAACUGUGAAAAGUCCACAGAUGGGCACGUUCAUGGGUGUGUACCUUCCCUGUAUGCAGAAUAUCCUGGGAGUGAUCCUGUUUCUGCGAAUGACCUGGAUCGUUGGGACUGCUGGCAUCCUGGAGGCCUUUAGCAUUGUAGCUAUGUGCUGCUGUUGUACAAUGCUAACUGCAAUAUCUAUGAGUGCCAUUGCUACAAAUGGGGUAGUUCCGGCUGGAGGAUCAUACUACAUGAUUUCACGGUCGCUGGGCCCUGAGUUUGGAGGGGCUGUAGGACUGUGUUUUUAUUUGGGCACCACGUUUGCUGGAUCAAUGUACAUCCUUGGUACUAUUGAAAUACUCUUGACCUAUAUAGCUCCCAAUGCUGCCAUAUUUAAGGCAGCUGAGAAAGAGCAUGAGGCUGCAGCCAUGCUGAACAACAUGCGGGUGUAUGGCACCUGCUGCUUGGCCCUGAUGGCAAUCGUCGUGUUCGUGGGGGUGAAAUACGUAAAUAAACUAGCAUUGGUCUUCCUUGCCUGCGUCAUCCUCUCCAUCCUUGCCAUCUAUGCUGGAGUCGUCAAAACUAUCUUUGAACCACCAGAAUUUCCGGUCUGCUUGUUAGGCAACCGCACGCUUCAAAACCACAACUUUGACAAGUGUUUGAAGACUGAGAUUGUAAAUAACAUGACGGUUACCACAGAGCUUUGGGACCUGUUCUGUGACAGCCCCCAUCUCAAUGCCACCUGCAAUGAGUACUUUACCAGUAACAAUGUCACAGUGAUUCAGGGUAUUCCUGGCCUUACCAGUGGAGCUAUCUCAGAGAACAUGUGGUCAAGUUAUGGUCCUUCUGAAAUGCUGGUGGAGAAGAAAAUGGAGUCACUGGAAGUGUCUGAUACCUCUGAGGACAUGUACUUGCCCUACGUGGUCAACGAUAUCGCCACAUUCUUUACUUUGCUGGUGGGGAUAUACUUUCCUUCGGUCACUGGUAUCAUGGCAGGAUCCAACCGGUCUGGGGAUCUGAAGGAUGCCCAGAGGUCUAUUCCCAUAGGAACCAUUCUUGCCAUAGCAACUACUACUACCAUCUACCUAUCCUGUGUGGUGAUGUUUGGUGCUUGCAUCGAGGGAGUGGUUCUCCGAGACAAGUUUGGAGACUCAGUCAAAGGAAACUUGGUCAUUGGUACUCUAUCCUGGCCCUCCCCCUGGGUGAUUGUGAUCGGCUCUUUCUUUUCUUGCUGUGGCGCAGGUCUACAAAGUCUCACUGGCGCCCCCAGGCUGCUGCAAGCCAUUGCUCGAGAUGGCAUUGUGCCUUUCUUAGAGGUGUUUGGGCAUGGCAAAGCCAAUGGCGAGCCCACCUGGGCAUUGUUGCUCACUGCUGGGAUCUGUGAGACUGGCAUCCUCAUCGCCUCACUGGAUGAUGUGGCUCCCAUCCUCUCCAUGUUCUUCCUGAUGUGUUACCUGUUUGUGAACUUGGCCUGUGCUCUGCAGACCCUUCUGCGCACGCCUAACUGGAGGCCCCGCUUCAAGUACUAUCACUGGGCGCUGUCCUUCCUGGGCAUGAGCCUGUGUCUUGCCCUGAUGUUCAUCUCCUCCUGGAACUAUGCCCUGGUGGCCAUGGUCAUAGCUACCUGUAUCUACAAGUACAUUGAAUACCGAGGCGCAGAGAAGGAAUGGGGUGAUGGUAUUCGUGGGCUUUCUCUCAAUGCAGCACGCUAUGCUCUUAUCCGACUGGAGGAGUCCCCUCCGCAUACCAAAAACUGGAGGCCUCAGGUGCUGGUGCUGCUGAAACUGGACUCAGAGCUGCAAGUGAAGCACCCACGUCUCCUCUCCUUCACCACACAGCUCAAAGCAGGCAGAGGUCUCACCAUCGUGGGCUCUGUACUAGAGGGCACCUACCUCAUCAAAGAGACUGAGGCCAAGCAAGCCGAGCAGAACAUCAAGAAAACCAUGAGUACAGAAAAGACCAAGGGCUUCUGCCAUGUUGUGGUGUCCUCCAACUUGCGGGAUGGCGUCUCACACCUCAUCCAGUCGGCCGGUCUCGGGGGCAUGAAACACAACACGGUGCUGAUGGCUUGGCCCAGCUCCUGGAAGCAAACCAAUGACCCUCUGUCAUGGAAAAACUUUGUUGAGUCUGUGCGAGAGACUACUGCAGCACACCAGGCUUUGCUGGUCGCUAAGAAUGUGGACAACUUCCCGGAUCAGAGGCUGAAAGAGGGUACAAUAGAUGUGUGGUGGGUGGUCCACGAUGGAGGAAUGCUCAUGCUUCUGCCCUUUCUGCUUCGCCAGCACAAGGUGUGGAGGAAGUGUAAGAUGCGUAUCUUCACUGUAGCUCAGCUAGAUGACAACAGCAUCCAGAUGAAGAAGGACCUGCAAAUGUUCCUGUACCAUCUUCGGCUGGACGCUGAGGUUGAGGUUGUGGAAAUGCACAGCAGUGAUAUCUCAGCUUUCACCUAUGAGAAGACUCUAGUGAUGGAGCAGCGCUCACAGAUGUUGAAGCAGAUGCAGCUCUCCAGGACUGAGCGGGAGAGAGAGAUUCAGAGCAUCACUGAUGAAUCUCGGAGCUCCAUUCGGAGAAAGAACAGACCUGUGAUUCAGGGCUCGGGCACAAGUAACCAGGCUGCCCAGCUGGAAGAUGAAAGUGACAGAGAGGAGCAGCUCAGUCAUGAUAAGGACAUAGUGUCCCAUCCUGCUGUGAACCAUAGCACUGACGCCACCCCCGAGCGGGUCCACAUGACCUGGACCAAAGAGAAGUUCAUCUCGGAACGCACUCGCAACCGAGAGCCAAAUGCCAACAUGCCCGUGCGAGACAUUUUCAACAUGAAACCAGAGUGGGAAAGUCUCAACCAGUCCAACGUGCGUCGCAUGCACACAGCCGUCAAGCUGAACGAGGUGGUGGUGAACAAGUCCCAGGGGGCCCAGCUCGUCCUACUCAACAUGCCUGGACCCCCAAAGAGCUGUGGUGGAGAUGAAAACUACAUGGAGUUCCUGGAGGUUUUGUUAGAGGGUCUCAACCGGGUCCUGUUGGUGCGUGGUGGUGGCCGGGAGGUUAUUACCAUUUACUCAUAAACUCCUUGGCUGCCCCAACUUUCCUUGAAUAGAGUGAUUUUUAAGGGCUUGGCCAAGUAUAGAUGGCAAAGCUGGUGUUUGGAUAGUGGCAUUAUGGAGGGCUGUGGGGUGUUUGAAAAGACUGCAGGCUUUUAGCCUGGGGAGACCACCUCUAGCUUUAAACAUGUUUCAGGCAAGAUGCAAGACUACCACAGGCCAAAGGAUGAAGCGGCAUAUCGACACUUUAACUUACAUUCUGACUCUCUUUUAUUGUGUCGGUCUUUUCCUCUUUAUUUACCCCUGAACACGUGUUUGCUCAUGAUGUCUGUGGGAAUGUUGUCCCUUUUGUUUUGUUUGUUUCUGAAGGAAUUAGUUUCUUUGCACAAGGUGCACAUGGUCUGGCUGCCUUUGUUUAACUGCUUUAAGAUGCUUUACAAUGCUGAACUGUCAUAUGUUACAACAGACAUUCUGUAGCCAUUCCUGUAGCUGUUCUGCCUGGAAUGGAGAACUGUUGUUUCUUCAUCUCCUCAUCUGCUCAUCAGGAGGGUAGUCCUCAAGCACUCAGCUGCAGGAGCAUUCAAGCUCACUACAGCUACAUGAAGAUAUCAGGGGUCCAGGCAGAUACCUUUCUUGGCGACAAAUGUUCAUACAAAGUUUCAGAUUUGAAAACAGUUAUUUUUUGCAUUAGUUUUUUUACACACAAUAAUGUUUUAUUAUGUAGUAAAGUGGAGAGGAUCCCUCUUUGUUGUCAAAAGCAUACAUUGGUGUAUCACAGCACCUGUGAAUGUGAUAUUAAUUUGCUUGGUUAUGGGAUGCUCCAGGUCAUUUUCAUUUGUGAUCUGUAUCAGAGGUUUUGGAACUAAGUUUCAAAUUCAGAUUGCAAAAGAAUAUUUAUUUUUGUUCUUUGAAAUGCUAUUUGUAGCAAGAUUGUUGAUGUAAGGGUGUGUGUGUGUGUGUGUGUGUGUGUGUGUUUCUGUGUGUCUAUGCUCACAUACCCAUUUGCCUGUAUGAAUGUUAUUUUACUGAAUGUUAUUUAAUUAGAUGUGUGCAAUCAUUUUCUUCCUUUAUUGCUAACAUAUUGAUCAUUAUCUUGAGGUGAGAGACAAUGUCUGGUGACUUAAGCGUUUUGUAUCAUAAUCUAAUAUGGUAAUUAAAUGCCUUCAGUGCUCCAGGAAAAUAGCCAUAGCAUCAGUGCUCUAAGAGCCUUGACAAUCUCUGACAUUUUCUGAUUUGAAGGAAUCCAUAAAGGUCCUACUCUUUCUACCUGCAUAACAAUAACAAUAAGCAGAAGUUCUAAACAGAACUUGUCAUACUGUCUCCACUUGUGCUGCUUUUUCAGAAAUCAGCCCAAGACAUUGCACCUUUGCCAACUUGUCAGAUUCAAAACUAAACAUUUAAAACCAGUAUGAAAUUAAUAGCUUCAUUAAAGCUUUUAGACUGUCAGCAGAGUUUAGAGUGAUUACAUUUCUACAAGGUCACAGCAUUCUCAGCCUUCACAACCAAAGCUAAAGUUCCUUUGUGUUGGUGUAACUCAUUUAGUUUAUGCCUUGACAUCCAUUUUUAUGAUGCCCUUUUAAUGAUAUUCAAGGCUGCUCAUGCAACAGUAGGAAAGCCACACAAUAUUGAACUGAAUUUAGUUAAUUUGUGUAUACGAUUUUCCAAGCACCAACUAUUAUAAAGAGGAUACUUUGGAGAGAUUUUGUUUGCCUUUAGGAAAUAUAUCAAUCUGUUACUAUAUAAGGAAAUACUGUUCUUAAUUUAAUCCCUUGUGUUUUAAUUAUAAUGUAUGUUUGUAUUUGUUUUGGUUUGAUGUCAUUGUUUUUGUAUAAAAGUAUGACUUGUGCCAAAAAAAGAACCAGAAGGGUUUUAUUUCCUUUCUUUUUAGUUGUCACAACAUUGGACCUGACUAUUACUUGUGUGUUCUUUCCAAGUUAACAGAAGUUAAGCACAGUCCACAUUUAAUAAAAAAGACACAUAUAAACCUUUUUUAAAGGUUUCUUUCCAUAAUCACCAUGCAUGUGGCUGGUGUUGGCUAGAAUGUUUUUGCUAUCUAAGACUUCUGCCAGAGACGGCAAUAUUAUAUAGGAUUCCCUAAUGUAAGUUCACAGUGUUUUGGGCCUGUUUUGCUCCAUAUCUGCAUCAGUGUUUUCAGGUACAGUACAAAUCUGUUUGGUGGAAGGGGACAGCUGACUGCAUAAAUGUGGACAGUUUCUUUAGAACCAUUUUCUUAGCUCAGUAUUUUGCAACCAGAACAUUAGCUGUGUCUGAAAGUGUGCCAUGUUCAUUAUCUCCUACAUGUGAACAUCUGGAUAAAUACAUAGAGCACUAUUAUAGGGAAUAUAAUUCAUCAAGAUAGUGAACAAUUUUGGACACUACUUUAAGCAUGUUAGCUCAUUACUGUACUGUAUAGAUUGCAUCACAUAAUCAUCAUACCGCAGUGCAUUGUAACAAGUUGACAACAUAAAAAACUGAAAGCAUUUCUUCGGUUAACCUGCUAUUUAAAUUUGUAACAGGCUUGUGGGGUCUCUGAAGAUGCCAUUGUCAUCCUUUAGUCCUCCUCAGAAAAGCUGUGUGUGAAUCUUCAAACAAUGCAGCACAUUAUUCCUUGACUGCUAGGGUGAAUCAUUGGUAAACUACUAAUUGUGAUGAAUUUUGGGGUUAUUAUAGUGCACUGGAUAUCACACACUGUUUUCUGACACCACCUCAACAUGGCAGAACCCCGAAGUAGUGCACUGUAUAGUGAAGUAGGGUACAGUUUCAGACAUAUCUAUUGUAUUUUUCUAUGGUGCAUUGUGAUGUUGUCAUCAUCAUCACUGACCACAGAAAUAAAAUUCCUAGAAUGGCGUUUCCUAAAAGGAACUCUCUUUCUAUGGAGUUUACCACUGAUAUCUAUAGCCAUGCACUAGUUUAUGUAUUAUUACUUCAGUGGUUGUAGUCUCUGCACUUACUUUAAGCGUUUUAAGUGUUUGCAUUUAGUAAAACUUGAAGAUUUUUUUUUAUAUGGGGAGGGGGAUGAAUGUAUAAGGUUUUUGCUUGUUUGUUUGUUUGCUUGUUUAUCCAUUUUGCUUUUCUUCUUUCCUUUUCUCCUUCAUUCCUUUUCCUCAACCUGCUGCAAGUGUAACAUGCAGAGCUUUUCUGGUUCAAAAUGCACAUUUAGACAACUCUGUUUUGGGACCAGGACAAUAAAUGGGUUACAACACUGCUAAA